GACGGGGCAGUAAACAAUUGCGACUUGAGCGUUUCGGUAGCGCGGCACAAAUAAAUCUGUCCCAGGGCCGCCAUGUCGGCACUUCUGCGCUCUUUGUGCCUCCACUCGGUGCUCCUGGUCCUGUUCCUCUGCGUGCUGCAAGCCCUGGAGUUGCAACUCCACGAGCAGCAGCUCCAGCAGCAAAGAGACGAGCAGGCGCGUCUGCGCGAGGAACAGCGCCAGCGGGACCUUCAGCGGGAGCACGAGGCUCUCCAGCGGCGCCUCUCCUCCUCGACCACCACUCGCAAGCCCUACGUGAUCCCCAACGGAUUAUCUCUGCCCCGGCGGGGGGAACACCCGGACAAGUGCUACCGGGAAGUGCCGGCCGUGUUCUUCCAGUACGACAAGGAGGUGAAGAUUGUAGGCAACAGCACCACCAAUCGCUACUUCAACGUUAUCGAGGUGUGUUGCAAGGGCUGGCGGCGCUACGAGUACGACUGGAGCCAGUGCGUCCCCGACUGCGGGGAUCGGUGCCAGGAGAACGGCUUCUGUUUGGCGGGAGGGAUCUGCCAGUGCUUCGAGGACUUCGUGCUCGACUACCGCCACAACUGUGUGCCCACCUGUCCGCUGGGCUGUCCGCAUGGCCGGUGCUUCCUCAACGGCACCUGCAAGUGCGACCGGGGCUACGAGCUGGACGGAUCCCGCCGCUUCUGCCAACCGCAGUGCAACGCCACCUGCGGCCACAACGAGGUCUGCCUGGAGCCGGGCAAGUGCUCCUGCGCCGAGGGCUAUGCCCGGGGAUUGCGGGAAUCCUCGGCCCUGGGCUGCCAGCCCAUCUGCAUUCCAGACUGCGGCUACGGCCACUGCGUCGGGCCCAACGACUGCCGUUGCUUCCCCGGAUAUGAGAAGCGACUGAACAGCAGCUCCUGCGAAGCAAUCUGCUACUUGCGCUGUCAGAAUGGAUUCUGUGCGAACCUCACGACGUGCGUGUGUCAGAACGGAUAUCGCUACGACGCCAACACCACGAGCUGUCUUCCGGAUUGCGGGCACACCUGCGACAACGGAGUCUGCAUCUCGCCGGGCAACUGCCGCUGCUUCAACGGCUACGUCCGGAAUCGGGAGCGGUGCGAGGCGGUCUGCGUCGGGGGCUGCGGCUUCUACGGCAAGUGCAUAGCGCCGAAUGUGUGCGGAUGCGCCGUGGUCCCGAGUCCGGAUCAGAUCUACCAGCGGUGCCAGCACGGACUGUGCAACUCCAUGGGGCGAUGCCGCUGCCAGGUGGGCAAGACGCGCUUCAUCGACAAGUGCAUGUCACCGGACACGGUCACCACAUACGCCUCGAUGGACACUGUCCGCGUGAACGGAUCGCUCAUCCAGGAAUUCAAUCUGCUGCUGGGCAGGCACUUCAAUUUCACCACUAACACCCAAAUAUGGGAUCAGCCAUGAGAUGAGGGCUACAGUUCUCCCUCUAAAACACACUCACUUCUUCAGAGUCACAAAGAAAUCACAAAUAAAUACUCAUACAUAUAUA